AAAGAACCAAAAAAUCAUGUCAGGUUUUGAUGAUCCAGGAGUCUUUUUUAGCGAUAACUUCGGCACUGAGGAUACUGAAGAUGGUAACCAAGCAAACCGACAACAAAUCAAGAAGCGAUUCAAGUCAUUUAUUCGAGAAUUCCAUGAAGGAAACUUCAGUUAUCGCUAUCGAGACCAGCUGAAACGGCAUUAUAACCUCAAACAGUUCUGGUUAGAGAUUGAUAUUGAAGACAUUCAGAGCUUUGAUGAAACAUUGGCUGAAAAACUUUACAAAUCUCCAACAGAGCAUUUACCACUGUUAGAGGAUGCAGCAAAAGAGGUCGCUGAUGAGGUUACAAUGCCACGCCCUGAUGGAGACAGUGAGGUCCAAGAUAUUCAAGUUAUCAUCAACUCUGAUGCCAACCCAGCUAAUGUUAGGAACCUGAAGUCGGACCAAAUGGCGCGGCUGGUGAAAAUCCCAGGUAUCAUCAUCGCAGCUUCAGCUAUCCGAGCCAAAGCCACGCGUAUCACAAUCCAGUGUCGUGGGUGCCGACAGCACAUGAAUAACAUUCCAGUCAAACCUGGUCUGGAGGGAUAUGCUCUGCCAAGGAAAUGUCCAGUUGAACAAGCUGGCAAACCUGCCUGUCCAGUAGAUCCAUUCUUCAUUGUUCCUGACAAAUGUAAAUGUGUGGAUUUCCAAGUUCUCAAACUUCAAGAAAACCCAGAAUCUGUCCCAAAUGGAGAGAUGCCAAGACAUAUGCAGCUGUAUUGUGAUAGAUACCUAUGUGAGAGGGUUGUCCCCGGAAACAGAGUUACAGUAGUCGGUAUAUACUCCAUAAAGAAAUCUCUAGCAGGGAAGAGGGGAGGAAAAGAUAAAGUAAAUGUUGGAAUACGCCAGCCAUAUUUACGAGUCAUUGGCAUUCAGGUGGACACCCAAGGGCCAGGACGCAGCACAGGGGCUACUCUUGCCCCUCAUGAGGAAGAAGAGUUUCGCCAUCUCGCAGCCAGCCCAAAUAUUUAUGAAAAAUUAUCUAAAAGUGUGGCUCCAUCUAUAUUUGGUGGAAUGGACAUGAAAAAAGCUAUCGCUUGUUUACUAUUUGGAGGUUCUCGAAAAAGAUUGCCUGAUGGCCUCACUAGGAGAGGAGAUAUCAACCUCCUUAUGUUAGGGGACCCAGGUACAGCCAAGUCGCAGCUGCUAAAAUUUGUAGAACAGUGUAGCCCAAUUGCAGUGUACACAUCAGGCAAAGGAAGUAGUGCGGCAGGUCUCACUGCAUCAGUUUCACGAGACCCAGCCACGCGUAACUUUGUAAUGGAGGGUGGUGCAAUGGUACUGGCUGAUGGUGGUGUGGUGUGUAUAGAUGAGUUUGACAAAAUGCGAGAGGAGGACCGAGUCGCAAUGCACGAGGCUAUGGAACAACAGACCAUAUCUAUUGCAAAGGCUGGUAUAACGACAACAUUGAACUCUAGAUGUUCUGUACUGGCAGCAGCUAACAGUGUAUUUGGACGAUGGGAUGAUACGAAAGGAGCAGAAAACAUUGACUUCAUGCCAACAAUUCUUUCACGUUUUGAUAUGAUCUUUGUUGUAAAGGAUGAACAUGAUGAAACAAGAGAUAUUACACUGGCUAAACAUGUGAUGAAUAUUCACAUGAAUGCUCAACAGAUGGUGGAACAGGGCAGGGAAGGCGAGAUUGACCUCAACACAUUCAAAAAAUAUAUAUCAUUUUGUAGAAGUAAAUGUGGACCCAGAGUGUCAGAAUCAGCUGCUGCAAAACUGAAGAAUAGAUAUGUCCUCAUGCGCAACGGAGCAGGAGAAUAUGAAAGAGAGGCUGGGAAAAAAACUACAAUUCCAAUUACAGUGAGACAACUAGAGGCCAUCAUUCGCAUCUCAGAAUCGCUCGCCAAAAUGAGGCUAGCACCAUUUGCAACUGAGGCUGACGUAGAUGAAGCGUUGCGUCUUUUCCAAGUUUCCACUCUAGAUGCUGCUAUGACUGGAAACCUAGCAGGAGCCGAGGGUUUCACCACAGAAGAAGAUCAAGAAAUGCUAGGUAGAAUCGAAAAACAAGUAAAAAGACGAUUCGUCAUUGGAUCACAAGUUUCCGAACAUGCUAUUGUGCAGGAUUUCGCAAAACAAAAAUACCCAGAGCGUGCCAUCUAUAAGGUACUUCAAUUUAUGCUGAGACGUGUGUCAGUCACACAAACUACAAUUUUAUGGCCAGUCACAACAGCUGCAAUCAACUUUAAAGCAGAGUCCAGAAGAGCAGGUCAUGUCGUAUCCGAUAUCUCCGACACAUUGGCAGUAUUUCCCACAAUCCCCAGUCGGGUGAUCAGUGAAGCUGGCACCCGCAGACUGGGCACAGGCGGCGCUACACGUAGCUGUAAAUGCAUGAAUUAA